AGUCAAGUGUAAAGUCUUGACUCUUCAUCAUCUAUCUCAUCAUCUGAUAUCACAAAUUAAAGUGUAAAAAUAAUUUUAAAAUUUUCAUAAAUAUUACAAUUUAUUUCUUCAAUAAAUUUUCAACAAUUAGAAAUUAAUUAAAAUCUUAUUUCUAUUUGAAAUGAAUUGUCAAUUUGAAAUUGUUAAAAAAAAAAAUCCAAGAGAAGGUGCCAACUGUCUCAGUGUUUUGACAUACACAUGGGUGUUGAAGACAUUUCUAACUGGUUUUAAAAGAGAUUUAACGAUUGACGAUUUACCAAGAGUUCUGGAUGAACACAAGAGUAAUUUUCUUGGUGAUAAAAUAACCAAGGCAUGGAACAAUGAAUUGGAAUAUUUAAAAAAUAAAAAACCAGGAAAAUAUAAUAAUUUAUCAUCACCAAAUUUAUUGAGAGUUAUUUGCAAAGUAUUUGGUUGGAAAAUAGCUGCGUAUGGAAUUAUAUUUGCUGUCUUUAUAAUACCAACAAGGACACUUCAACCACUGAUGCUUGCUAAAUUUAUUGAAUACUUUUCAAUGGAAAAAACAAAAGUUAAAGUGACGAAAAAAGAAGCAUAUAUUUAUGCAACUGGUGUUGUUAUUUGUACAACAGUCAACAUAUUUGUUGUAAGAUAUUUCAUCAUGAUAAUGAGUCAUAUGGGAAUGAAAAUAAGAAUUGCUUGUUCAUCAUUGAUAUAUAGAAAAGUACUUAAAUUAUCACAGAAGGCAUUAAAAAGUGGAACAGCUGGACAAGCAAUUAAUAUAUUGUCAAAUGAUGUUACAAAAUUUGAUACAUCAAUGGUAUGUUUACAUUAUUUAUGGAUAAGUCCAUUGUUAACAAUACUUGCUACUUGGUUUAUGUAUUGUCAAGUUGGAAAUGCUGCUAUUAUUGGUGUAUUAUUUUUACUAAUGUUCAUACCAAUUAUUGGAUGGAUUGGAAAAAAAACAUCAAUUUAUCGUCGUGAUACAGCUGUUAAAAGUGAUGAACGUGUUAGACUUGUUAAUGAAAUAAUAAAUGGUAUACAAGCUAUUAAAAUUUACAGUUGGGAAUAUCCAUUUAGUUAUUUAAUUGAAAAUACAAGAAAAGCUGAAGUUAGGGCUAUCCAGUCGACAUUAUAUUUGAGAUGUAUUGUAUCAUCUUUUGUUAUGUUUAUAUCAAGAAUAUCAUUGUUUAUUACAAUACUUGCUAUGAUUUAUUUAACAAAUUAUAACGAAAUGGAAAAUAAUAAAAUAACAUCAGCUCAUGUAUUUAUGCUUGUUGCUUAUUAUGAUCUUAUUCGUGUUGCAAUGACUGAUCUUUAUCCAAAGGCAGUAUUGAUGUGUGCUGAGGCAGUUGUUUCAUUUAAUAGAAUACAAGAAUUUUUGAUGUAUGAUGAAAUUGUUAAUCAAUCAUUAGAAAAGCCAAAGAUUUUUGAAAUUUAUCGACCAAUAAAAAUAGAUAAACAACAUGAAAAUAACAAUUCACAUGAAGGAAAAAUUAUCAUUGAAAGACUGUGUGCGAGAUGGAUAAAAGAAGACACUUUGAGUGGUAUAAAUAUGCAAGUGAAUCCAGGUCAAUUGGUGGCUAUUGUAGGACCAGUUGGUUCUGGUAAAUCAAGUUUAUUAAAUGUUAUAUUAAAAGAGCUGGCUGUUUAUCAGGGAAGUGUUGAUGUCCAGGGUAAUAUUGCAUAUGCAUGUCAAGAGCCAUGGUUGUUUGCUGGUUCAGUGAGAAAUAAUAUUCUCUUUGGUCGAGCACUUGAUCAAAAAAGAUAUGAACGAGUUGUCAAAGUGUGCCAGCUAAAACGAGACUAUCAAUUGUUUCCCUAUGGUGAUAAAACAAUUGUUGGUGAUCGAGGAGUAAGUUUGUCUGGUGGACAACGAGCCAGAAUAAAUCUUGCACGUGCUGUUUAUGCUGAUGCUCCAAUUUAUUUGUUUGAUGAUCCACUGAGUGCUGUUGAUGCACAUGUUGGCAAACACAUGUUUGAAGAAUGCAUUGAAAAAUAUCUCAAGGGAAAAACGAGGAUCCUUGUGACUCAUCAGAUACAAUUCUUACAAAAUGUUGAUAAAAUUAUUGUUAUGAAAGAAGGAAAAAUUGAGGCCAAAGGAAGUUACGAUGAAUUGACAUCAAGAGGAAUUGAUAUUGGUAGACUUUCUGUUGCCCCCGCUAAUGAAGAUGAAGAUAAAACUUCUUUGUAUGGAAGUUCUAACAGUCAUGCUACUUCAAGACAAACCAGUAUUUGUUCUAUCAGCUCAAUACUGACAAAUAAAAUAAUUAAUAAUGAAUUAGAACCAGUUAAUGUUGAGGAAAAACAGAGUAGAGGAAAUAUAGGAAGUAAAAUAUAUGCAACUUAUUUUAGCAUGGCUGAAAAUAAUUGUUUAGUAUUUUUUACAUUAGUCAUGUCAAUUGCUGCUCAAUUAUUUGGCAGUGGAAGUGACUAUUUUAUUUCUUUUUGGAUAAAAUUAGAAGAACAAUAUACAAAUUUAACAACAGCUGAUUCAGAAAGAAUAUUGUCAAGAACUUCAUGUGUUAUAAUUUUUUCAAUUAUAAUUACUGGGACAAUAAUAAUUACACUGUUGAGAUCUUUUAUUUUUGUAAUAUUAUCCAUGAAAUCAUCGAAAAGACUUCAUGAUAAAAUAUUUAAAAGUAUAAGUCGUGCAACUAUGAAAUUUUUCAAUACAAAUCCAUCAGGUAGAAUAUUAAAUCGUUUUUCAAAAGAUUUAGGAACAGUUGAUGAUUUGUUGCCCAUAACAAUGCUUGACUGUAUACAGAAUGGUUUUUCUGUUAUUGGAAUCGUCAUUGUCGUUGCAUUGACAAAUUUUUGGCUGAUUAUUGCUGCUUUUUUCAUUGGUAUAAUUUUUUAUUACAUGAGAAUUUUGUACUUGGCUACCUCAAGAAGUGUUAAAAGACUCGAAGGAAUUACAAAAUCACCAGUAUUUAAUCACUUGAAUGCUACAUGCCAAGGUUUGGCAACUAUCAGAUCGUCUAAUGCUCAACAAGUAUUGACAGAUGAAUUUGAUUCACAUCAAGAUCUUCAUUCAUCAGCAUGGUACAUUUUUAUUGCAUCUUCAACAGCUUUUGGAUUUUGGUCAGAUAUUUUUUGUCUAUUAUAUCUUAUUCUCGUUGCUUUGAACUUUUUAGUGUUUGCUGACAGCAGUGGUGACUCGUCAACAGAUGCUAAUGUUGGUCUUGCACUUACACAAAUUAUUGGACUCACUGGAACAUUACAAUUUGCAAUGAGACAAAGUGCUGAGCUCGAAAAUCAAAUGACAUCAGUAGAGAGAGUAUGCGAAUAUACAAAUCUUGAAAGUGAACCACCACUUGAAAGUUUACCUGAUAAAAAACCAAAAGAAGAAUGGCCAGAGAGUGGUAAUAUUAAAUUUAAAAAUGUCUACAUGUCGUAUGAUCCCGAGGAAGCUCCAGUAUUAAAAAAUCUCAAUUUUACAAUUGCUGGAAAAGAAAAAGUUGGAAUUGUCGGAAGAACUGGUGCUGGUAAAUCAUCAUUAAUAUCAGCAUUAUUUAGACUGGCAUAUAUUGAUGGUAAAAUUGAAAUUGAUGGAAUUGAAACUGGUGCAAUUGGUCUACAUGAUUUACGUUCAAAAAUAUCAAUUAUUCCACAAGAACCAUUUUUAUUUGCUGGUACAUUGAGAAGAAAUUUAGAUCCAUUUGAUUUGUACAAGGAUCAUUUGCUCUGGUCAGCCCUGGAGGAUGUUGAAUUGAAAGAAAUGGGUCUCCAGGCACACGUCAAUGAGGGAGGCAGUAACUUGAGUGUUGGACAACGACAACUUGUCUGUCUUGCCCGUGCAAUCAUCAGAAAUAAUAGAGUAUUAAUAUUGGAUGAGGCAACUGCCAAUGUUGAUCCAAGAACAGAUGAACUUAUACAAAAAACAAUUCGUAGAAAAUUCGCAGAUUGCACUGUACUUACAAUUGCUCAUCGACUCAAUACUGUUAUGGAUAGUGAUAAAAUACUCGUGAUGGAUGCUGGAACAGUUGUUGAGUUUGAUCAUCCACAUGUGCUUCUUCAAAACCCUGAUGGUGCACUUAGCAGUAUGAUCAAUGAAACAAGCAAAGCUGAUGCUCAUGUUUUAUCUCUCCUUGCCAAAAAAAAUUAUCAUCGUCAUGAUCAACAAUCUAAAACAUCUUUGUAAAAUUGAUAAGCAUGUAUAUAUUUUUUUUUGAUUUCAUCAAAAAAGAUUAUUCAAAUGUACAUAGCAAUUCACACACACUACAUAAUAUACAGAUAAUAUCACAUCGUAUAAAACAUUGACAAAUAAUUUUUGUUGUUAUUGUAAUAAGAAGUGAGGAAUACACAUACAAUCAAAUUAGAGAGCAGUGAUAUAUUUUAUUUUGUCACGGUUCAACAGAUUAUAUUUUGACCGUCAAGCUGCAGAUAAUCCCUCACUGCUCGACUUAUCUACUGUUUGUCUCGUGAAUAUUAUUAUAUACUUCAAGUGCUACUCAACAAUUUUUGUGUUUCCUUUUUUUUUAUUUUUAAAUUUAAAGUAAAAACAAUUAAUUUAUAAAAUAUCAAACAUCAAAAUAUAUAUGUGUGAUUUUCCAAAACAAAAAAAAAACAA